AUGAAAAAAUCGGAUUUGAGUUAUGAUAAAAUUGUGUCAAUUUCCACUGAUGGAGCUCCAGCGAUGAUAGGAAAAGAAAAAGGAUUGUUAAAAAGAAUCCGGGAUAAUAAUUCCGGGAUAUUAACUUAUCAAUGCAUAAUUCACCAAACAUCGCUUUGUAGUAAACUCAGUGCUACACUGAAAGACGUUAUGGACGGUUUGAUCAAGUUAAUCAAUUUUAUCAGGUCGCGUUCUUCUCUUCAACACAGACAGUUCAAAGAGUUUCUGUGUCAAUGUGAUUCGGCUUAUUCAGAUUUACUACAGCACAAUCAUGUUCGUUGGCUCAGUAAAGGUCGAGUAGUUGAACGUUUUUAG